CGAAGUUUCUAAAAUAGCAGCGACAGCAGUAGCAGCAAAGUGCAGCAGCACUUGAAGGCGUCGGAUAUCCGUUCUUCCGUUGGCGUGUCCUCUCCCCACAGAUCUCCGUAUCAGAAGCUGCUGCAGCAACUGGCGAAAGACAGCCGCAGCAACAGCGAUCGCCGUGGCGCAACAGAGCGAGCAGCCGCUGUCGAUGCCGUGGGUAUCCAGACACCAGAAAACGCUGCUGCGGAUCGUGCUGCGCCUCCUGCCGCAGCAGGAAUCCCGCGCAGCUAUGCAAGCGCUCGACCAUGGGAGCAGCUGAAGGCAGCCCUUGUGCUGCAGCAGCAGCAGCAACAGCAAGCCCUCCUUGCAGUAAAACGGCACCACCAGCAGCAGGCAGAUGCUGCAUUGCAGCGUGCUCCGAAAGAUGCUGCAUUGCAGCAGCAGGCGCAGCAGCAGCCGCUGCUGCAGCAUGACGCCGACGUGCAGCAGCUGAAGGGAAGACUUGUGAAACAAAUGUGGAGAAGCCUCAGAGCUCAUAAGCCAAAGCACUUCGAGGAGCUAGUAGAAGACUACCUCUCGCGUCGUCUCCCGCCAGAUGAAGUCUCUUUGACGCUGCAGCUGUAUGGUCCAUUGAUUCGGCGAGAGCCGCAUAUAGAAAAGGAGCUGCCCAGCAGCUCGCUCUUAUCCUUGCAAGACCUCAGAGCGCUUUGGGUGGGAGCCACAGUUGACCCUUUGCUGCCCGCUGCCGCGAAAGCCGUCUUGCUAGAGGAGCAACAGCAGCAGCACCUGGAGGCAGAGAGCCUAGCAACUGCCGCUGCUGCUGCUGAGCCUGCCGCCGCUGCACAGCCUGUGGCGGUAGCUGCGACAGCAGCCUAUGUCGCCGCUUCUCUCUCGGAUAAGACCCUCUUUGCUCCCUCACGCCGAUCUGAGGGGGAGUUCAUGGCACUCUCUGGCUGCAGCGGCAGAAGCAGUCGUACCUCGCUGAUGGCACUGAUUGCUGAAGACGAGGAAAACAUGAAUUUAGCGGCGCACUGCACCCCGAAUUCCAGCGGCGACGACUGCUGGGAGCGGUAUUUCAACGUUCCCGGGGUGCCGAGACACCUCGCAGGUGUAUCGGCAGCUGGUGCUACACCUGCUGCGACGUCGCGAAAAGUGCCUCCUCAGCGUGCAGCGGCGGUGUCCUCCUCACCCCAAGCCGCGUCUCCCGACGAUACGCCACGAAAAACGCCAAUCGAGUCAUGCGCAGCACCACUAGCAGCAGAGACACCACCAGAGGCAGCGCAGCCACCCCUUCUUAAGGAGGGCGUGUGGAGUGCCUCAGGCCUCACGUUUUCUCGGGGUCACCUGCGGUUGGGCACUAAUAAAGGGGGUAAGGGGGUUCGCAGAGAUGCAAGAAGGCGUCCUUGGGGAGACGGUAGCUAUGCAGCUAGCCAAAGUACUCGAGCUAGAGGCUCUGCUCGUACGAACAGCUGCGCAAGAGGAGUGACCAUCGCCAGAGUAGUGGCUGUGGCGAUAGUAGACGAAGCCCAGCUGCGCUUUAGUGGCGCGGUGCCGCAGAAGGAACUUUUACAAAACCCCCCAAACACAUAA